CAGGUUUUAUAGUAUGCCGUAGUGGGUCACACACCAUCGGUUGGCUGACUCAGUUACAACAGAAUGACGGCUUGACACAGCGAUCAUAGGUCCAGCGACAGUGGCGCCGCUGUCACGGUGCGGACAUAAACACAACAUCACCCAUCAUCACCCCCAGCUAUUGUUUUUUUUUUUAUUUAUUGUUUUUUUUUUAACUUGGUAAACAGCAAAGCCAGAUCGACAGUUUGUCACGGUCGGUUGAGUCUCUUAUUCAUCGAGUGAAAGAGGUAGAGAAAGUAGGACACAGUUACGCAACUCAACCUGGAUCAGCUGUUCACCAUUCCAGCACCGUCAAGGAUUCGGAGGUAACCAUAAUAGCUAGUAAUAUACCUCAGUCAGACGAUGAGGACAUUCUACAAGUUGCACAGGAUCUUGUUGACUGUCUGAGUGAUUCGAUUAGUGUAGUCGCGGCUGCUAGGCUCAGGAGUCGGAUUCAGGGGAAACCAGGGUUAGUGAAAAUCAGUUUAGCAACUGUCGAGGAGAAAGUAGAAAGUAGAAAUACUACGGAAGAAACGCGACUUGAAGGGCAGUCAAGCGUACAAAUCUGUUUUCUUAAGGUCCUCUAAAUCCCACACCGAGAGGCUCAUAGAACUUAACGCGAAAACACUACUAACUCAACAACCGAAUGGAGAACAAUUCCGUAUCACUUCGAAUGGACGGAUAGUAAAGAAAGAUUCUGACCGUCAACACAGCAAUUUCUCCGCGGACAGCAACAACCGCGAUCAGGAUCAUCAAUAGCAACCUCCCCGGCCCAUAGACACUAUAAAACUAGGUCACAUUAAUGUCUGUGGAUGGACCGACGAAAAUGCAGAACUUAGAAGCCAAAUUAUCAAUGCCAUGAAUUGUGACAUCAUUUCAAUAAGUGAAACACACUUAUAUAAAGAAAAAGAAAUACAUAUUAAAGGGUACAGGUGGAUAGGAUUCAAUAGACAACAAAUUCACGUAAAUGCACCUAAAGCAUCAGGGGGAGUUGGAAUUCUUGUAAAAAUCUGGUUAACUGAACUUUUUAGUAUUUCUGUGAUCGACAAAUGUUAUGAUGGCAUUUUAGGAAUUAAGUUUACUAAACACAACUCUGAUUUUGAAUUCAUUGUAUUUACUUGUUACCUCCCACCAGAAAAUUCAAACAGAGGAAAGCUAUCAUAUGUCCUAUUCUUAAGGAUUCAUCCUCGGACAACGCCUGCCAAUGAAUUACCGAGAUGAACAAAAUGGUUUUAGAAGAGGGAGAUCCUGUGAAGAUCACGUAUUUACUUUGAACAGUCUAAUUCAGAAUAAUAAAAAUCUGUAUGUUGCAUUUAUUGAUCUAAAGAAGUGUUUUGAUUUUGUAGAUAGAGACAUGAUGCUGUAUAAACUUCUGUUGAAUGAUAUAAAUGGUAAAAUGUAUAACUCGAUCAAGAAUAUUUACCAAAGUUCAGAGUCAUGCGUUCGAGUAAAUGGAAAACUUACAAACUGGUUUAGCUGUAAAACUGGUGUUAAACAGGGGGAUAACUUAUCUCCAACUCUAUUUUCGAUUUUUGCAAAUGACCUUGUUCAUGAAAUAAACUCUUUGGAUGUGGGUGUAAAUAUCGCAGAUGAAAAGCUGUCCGUUUUAUUAUAUGAAGACGAUAUAGCCUUAAUAGCUAAGACACCGGAAGAAUUACAAUGUAUGUUACAAAAACUGCACAACUGGUGCAGGCGUUGGAGAGUCCUUAUAAAUACUGAAAAAUCCAAAUGUAUGCACUUUCGUAAAACUAGAACAAAAGGAACAGCGUUUGAAUUCACUAUUGGAACAAAUACAUUAGAAAUAGUAGAUAGCUAUAAAUAUCUUGGAAUCAUAUUUACUUACACUGGAAAUUUUACAAAAAAUGCAGAAAAUCUUGCUAAAGCUGGAGGACGGGCACUAGGAAAAAUUAUUUCUACAAUACACAAUAAUAAAGAAUUUGGAUUCACUGCUUACGAAAAAUUAUUUUACUCUUGCGUUUUACCUAUAUUAGACUAUUCGUCCAGUGUUUGGGGUUUCAAAAAAUUCCAGUCAAUAGAUAAUGUUCAAAAUCGAGCCAUUAGAUAUUUUUUGGGAGUACAUCGUUUUGCGCCUUUAUUGGCAAUCUAUGGAGAUACGGGGUGGAUACCCAGUCAAUAUCGUCGAUGGAUUAAUAUGAUAAGAUUUUGGAAUAGAGUAUUGUUAUUUGACAGUGAACGCAUUACUAGAAAAGUGUUUGAAAUGGAUUAUGAUAUAUGUAGAAACAACUGGUGUAGUACUCUGAAAGAAAUUUUGCAAAAUUUGGAACUGGAAAGUUAUUUUGACUCAAAAUUGUUAAUAGACAUGAAUGUUCUUCAAACAAAUAUGCAUUACUAUUACUCAAAUAUCUGGGAAAAUGAAGUAUUUAAAGUACCUAAAUUACGAACUUAUGUGUCUAUAAAAUCAACCUUUGGUCGAGAAAAUUAUGUAACAUUGGAUAUGCCAAAAUACUUUAGGUCAAUUAUGUCGCAGUUUAGAUGUGGUAUUUUACCUUUAAGAAUAGAGACGGGAAGAUAUUAUGGGGAACCUGCUGUUGAAAGAAUAUGCUUAUUGUGUUCAUUAAAUUGUGUGGAAGACGAAAUUCAUUUUUUACUCUAUUGUCCAUUGUAUUCUAAACUCAGAACAACUUUGUUUGAAAACACGGGAUUUGAUCAAAUGUCAAUGUCAGAUGUAGAGGUUCUUCGAAUGUUAAUAACAAACUACCCAAGACAAUUAGCAAAAUACUUGUACUCCUCCUUUUCUCUUAGACAAUCUAUUAUAUUUGGAAAAAUCAACAACUGAGCUAUUUAUACAUUAUAUACUUAUUAUACAUGUAUACACAUGUAUGUAUAUAUAUAAUUAUAGAAAAUGUUAUUAUGCGCAAUUAUUUGCAUUAUAUAUUAUUAUAUCAACGUUUAAAGUGGCAUAUAGGCCCGACGGGCCGGGUGUUUAUUGAUUUGUAUAUUGUGAUAAAAUUGGAUGUAUGAAUAUAUGUACACAUGCCACUAUAAUAAAUAAAAUUACUUACUUACUUACUUA